GGCGCUGGCCCCUGGAGGGCGCCCGGGCCGGGGCAGGUUCCGUGAUGCGUCUCAGGGCGGGUGGCAGAUUGACAGGAAAACGCUGAAUAAAACAGUCGACAGCGGUUGCCUCCCAUGGUCGCCCAUCGCCCUCCGCGCUGGCCCGUUUCCAGCCACGGCCCUUCGGACCCCGUCCUUGCCCCAGCGCACCGGUCGGCCCCACCCCAGGGCCCUGGCCCUCUCCGUGCCCUUCUCGCCCCGAGGCUGUCCCCUCCUCCGAGGGGCCCUUGAUUCUGAGGCUGGGUGGACCGCCCUUCGUUCUCCACACUCCGUUCCGCCCUUUUUCAUGCGCCUUCACCCCGUGAAGUCCCCGUCCCACCUUUAACCACCCCCCACCACCUCGCAGGCCCGACGGCGAGGUCACCCCGCACGGGACAGCCGGCGCGGGGCCCACCCGAGCCCCACUGCCUGGCCACGGAGCCCUGGUCCACUUGGACGCGAGGUUUCGGUUCCCGCCGCGGGGUGGGUUGGUGCCUGUGGAAGCCACGCGGGCGGGGGACAGACAGGGCCGGGUGAGGGCAGGGCUCCGGGGUUAGGGUACCGGGGGACUGGGCGGUUCACAGGAGGUUAUCGCAUUUUAAACCCGUUCACUGAGGCGUUCCCGAGGUGGGCAGGGCCUUGGGGCAGGUGGAACCGUCCCAGAAGAACCAGAUGAAGACGUUCCUAAGCCAAAGGGCACGGCCGCCCACGGAUUCAGCGCAUUCAGGGCGCAUUUUCUGUCCAGGGAUUUAGCAAGGUGGAAAUUAAAUAGCCGCCAUCCUGACGAGCACCUGUCUUAACAAGUGUGGUUUCUUAGGUUGGGCCAUUAACUCCCACGUAGGCCGGAGCUGCACCUGCAUUCUCACCGUCCCAGGACUUUUAUUUACCUGGGAUUGGGGCCUCGUGGAUGUUCAGACCUAGUUCCCUUUUGUUCCUGCGUGUGCACAUUCUUUUGGGGACGCCGAGCAGGAGAGAGGUUGAGAGCCACCCCCAGCCGAGCACAGGCAGUUCAGCAGCCACCGACUCCACGCUGGGUAGAAAAGGCGAGAGUCGCUUCCCACUGAAGGCAACCUGGGCUGCCCGGGCUGAGAAAGGACAGGCUGUGAAGGAGCCGGAGUCCAGGGCGACCUCUGGGACCCCGCCAGCACCUCGCUCCCGCUCUCGCCGGAGCCAUGCCCGCCGGCCCCAGCCGCGUCCUCCCUCCCGAGGUCAGCGUGGCGGCGGCCGCGCGCAGGCGGAGCUGGGCCUGCGCCCCCAGGAGGCGCCCCGGGGGAGACUGGCCCUCGGCUGGGGCUCCCUGCUCGGCCACCGGGAAAACGCGGUUCUCACCAGGAGCGCGGGCGCCCCCGAGGAGAGCACGCUCACGGUCACCAUCACCGAGACCACCGUCAUCGAGGCCGACCUGGGCGCCUGGAGCCCGAGGGCGCUGCUCUACCUCGCGCUCUGGUUCUUCCUCAGCUUCUGCACCCUGUUCCUCAACAAGCACAUCCUGACCCUGCCGGAGGGCGGGCCUGGCGCCCUCGGUGCUGUGCAGAUGCUGUCCACCACAUUCAUCGGCUGCCUGAAGACACUGGUCCCUUGCUGUCUGUAUCAGCACAAGAGCCGGCUCUCCUACCCACCCAACUUCAUCACCACCAUGCUGUUCGUGGGCCUGAUGAGGUUUGCAACAGUGGUCUUGGGCCUGGUCAGCCUGAAAAAUGUGGCAGUCUCUUUCGCGGAGACAGUGAAGAGCUCUGCCCCCAUCUUCACCGUCGUUUUGUCCCGGCUGAUCCUGGGGGAGCACACAGGGCUGCUGGUCAACCUGUCCCUUGUGCCGGUCAUGGGAGGCCUGGCGCUGUGCACGGCAACUGAGAUGAGCUUCAACGUCCUGGGGUUUUCGGCCGCGUUGUCCACCAACAUCAUGGACUGUUUGCAAAAUGUUUUCUCCAAGAAGCUACUCAGCGGGGACAAGUACAAGUUCUCGGCCGUGGAGCUGCAGUUCUACACGAGCGCGGCGGCGGUGGCCAUGCUGCUCCCGGCCUGGGUCUUCAUGGACUUGCCGGUGAUCGGCAGGAGCGGGAAAAGCCUCAGCUACACCCGGGACGUCACGCUGCUGCUGCUGACGGACGGCGUCCUCUUCCACCUGCAGAGCGUCACGGCGUACGCCCUCAUGGGGAGGGUUUCUCCUGUGACUUUCAGUGUCGCCAGCACCGUGAAGCACGCCUUGUCCAUUUGGCUCAGUAUUAUAGUUUUCGGCAACAAAGUCACCAGCCUGUCGGCCAUCGGCACCAUCCUCGUGACAGUUGGCGUCCUGCUCUACAACAAGGCCAAGCAGCACCAGCGAGAGGCCAUGCAGAGCCUGGCCGCAGCCGCCAGCCGGCCGCCGGAGGACAGCACAGAGCCGCUGGUCCCCAAGGACCCCUGGCCGCACCACUGAACUCUGAAGCCUCGGCGGGUGCCGGGGCCCCGGGGAGCCACGCGCUGCUGCUGUCCUCGCUGAUGUGGGGUCUCUGCUCCAUGGACACCCCAGCCCCCCACGGGUCACAGCCGGGGUGCGGAGACCAGGCGUGCGCAGCCUUCCCU